AUGGAUCCUCACAAUCGCAAGAAGAUCACCUACUCCAAUGAUAUGUACAUGAUAACUGGGCGAUAUGGGAGAUCAUCCGAAGAUACAGCCCGGCCUGAUGCUCGUUCUGCAGAUCAGUGUUUGUCUGAACUUGAUACACAACAUGAAGAAGAGGUGGAACCUUUUGUUGACAACCAUUUUACAGAAAGCUUGAAUAAUUUGAAAUGGGACAGAGAUAUGGAGAUGGAUGGAGGAAACAAAAACUGCUUGAUAGAUUCAACCGAUAAUCCUUUUGACAGUGAUUCUGAGGAUGAUCUUCCUCCAACGUUGUUGCAAAGAAGCUCUGAUAUGACUGCUGUAACUGCUGGACAACAAGAAAAUAAUGGUGCAGCUGAUGAAGUUGAACAAUUGACACAGGAAGAUAUACUGAUUUUCCUUGAAAAUGACAGUAUAGUUGCUGCCCAGAGUUCUAGUCAGGAAACAGCUAAAGUCUCUGAUGAAGCAAGUAAAGUUUUGUGCAUUUUCUGGGCUGACGGGUAUUCUAGGAAGAUGUAUGAGCUGUACGGAAACUGCCUCAGCUUUGAUACAACAUUUAAGACAAACAGAUACAACCUUCCAUUUGCUCCCUUUGUUGGAAUCACAGGACAUGGCCAAAACUGUUUGUUUGCUUGCUCUAUCAUUGAGAAUGAAACAGCUGACACCUUCCAAUGGUUGUUUGAGACGUUCUUGCAUUGCAUGGGUGGCAAAUCUCCAUCCACAAUCAUCACAGAUGAGGAUGCUGGGAUGAAGACAGCUAUCCCUCUAGUUUUCCCCCAUAUCUGCCACAGACGUUGUUUGUUUCAUAUUAAAAAGAAGGCUGAGGAAAAAUGUACUAGGACUUUUGCUGCAAAUAAAAGCCUGCAUAAAAGGAAAAGUUUUGUCCCUGUGUAUUUCAAGAAGAACUUCUUCCCCUUCAUUCACUCUACUGCACGUAGUGAAGGCACCAAUGCCAUAUUCAAGGACAACAUCACGUCAACUCACAACGUGAUAAGCUUCCUACAAGAGUACCAGAAGAUUUCAGAAACUAUACAAGAUAAGGAGCAGGAGCAAGACUCUAUCACUAGAACAAAUUCGCCAACAUUGUGGGCACAAAGUGAACUUGAGUUGCAAGCUGCAAAAAUAAAUGUGAAAUAUGAAGUUUACAAGACACCAAUGCUAGCUGAAAAAGAUUUCAGAAUAAGAAGAUUUGUUGUGAUUGUGAACAUGCAGCAACAGGAGUUCAGUUGUAUUUGUGGGAAAUUUCAGAAGGAUGGCAUUGUGUGCAGCCAUGUCUUGAGAGUACUUUCUCAUCUCAACAUGUCUACGCUGCCAGAGAAAUAUUACAUAGACAGGUGGAGGCCAAAAAAUACAAAGGACAUACGGGACAUCCGUUUCAAUGUUCCUUUGGAACUAACUGCUGGAAGUCAACACUUAAGGUAUACCUUGCUCUCCAACAGGCUCAAUGAGAUGGCCUCAGAUGGUGCAUCAACAAACAGAAAAUAUCUAUAUGUUGUAGCAGAAAGUGAAAGGGUGUAAUAGAGGUUGGAUGAGAUGACUAAAGAAGAUGAACUUGCAGAAGCACAACAAGCAAAUAUUGACAAGGACACAACAGAGUUUGAUGCAGGACCGUAUCCUGAUGGCUAUGGGGACAAUCUUCAGGAUCCUGAUGUUGCAGUAUCGAAAGGGCGUCCACAAAAAGGACGUUACAAAACUUUCAUGGAAGGUUUACUAUCUAAACAGAAAGUCACAUGCAGUCGUUGCGGGGAGCCUGAUCACUAUAAAAAUAGUUGUACGAUAAUUCUUUUGUUCUUUUUCCAAGCUCCACCAAAAACCUGA